AAUGAAAGUCUGCAGGUUGCUUAUAUAAAGUCAAACUAUUUGCUGUGUUCUGAACAGUGCAGAUUAAGUUCUAACCUGCAGCCAGCUCUUGCUCGGGUCAGCAGCCUGCCAGGGACUCAGACACACUUGGGAAAGUCAGCUGCACCGGGGAAGUUGGAACAAUGCUGAGGCCUCUGCUGAUCCCCUUGACAUACUUCUGUCUUCAAACCUGGCUGGGAAUCCCUCAGGCAAAAUGUCAGGAGGAGCUGAGCAUGAUGGAUGACGCUUUUGAUGACCAGUAUAUAGGAUGUGCUGAAGAAAUGGAUGGAAUUGCACCUGAACUGCUAAAGAAAGAAAAGUCCAUGUUCUCACUGUUUAGCAGGGUGUGGGAAAACUCAGAAAAAAAAUGGAAACUCGUAAAGAAAGAGAUUUCUCUGCCCAGAGGCUUUAAAGAUGAGCAUGGAAGAGCCAUAAUAGCCUAUACUGACAAUGACUUUCACAGUGAGUUGAAUGUGGCAGUGAGAGGGGCUGGGACAUCUCGAGCUCAUUACAUGGCCAGUUUCCAGUUCAAAGCCUUUCAUUAUUACUUGACAAGAGCUUUACAGCUCUUACGAGGGAGGUGUGACGUGAUGUACAAAAUGACGGUGUACCGGGGGAGUUCUGUCAGUUUUCAGCACACGAGAUCAGGUCACAUCAGGUUUGGACAGUUUGCCUCUUCGUCUUCUAAGAUAGGAGUAGCUAAGAGAUUUGGCACAGCCACAUUGUUCACCAUCCACACGUGCAUUGGUGUUGAGAUCAGGGCCUUCUCACACUAUGAGAAGGAGAAAGAAGUGUUAAUCCCAGUCCAUGAGAUAUUCAAUGUGGCCCGAGGACAAGAGAGUAACCACUUUGUCCUCCGGAGCACAAACCGGACCUGCAGCCAUUUUAACUGCGCGUACCUCGGUGGAGAGAAGAACCAAAUAUGUGUUUACAACUCUGUACAAACAGAGAGAGUCAAUGAAAUGAGAUCUGUCCAGUCAGAACUUUCAACUCCAUUCUACUAUUUCCAAAGAAACGUAGGAACCAUCAGACUGGAUCUAGCCUGGUAUCCUGUCCCUGAUUGAGGUCAGACCCAUCUGUAUCAGAAAGGUGCAAGAAACCCCAGUGGGGAAAAACAUACACACAGAGGAAAUUACUUCCCCCAAUCCUGGCAGUUAGUGACUGUCUUUUGUCCCCAGGUCUAAAGAUUUAUUGCCCUUUUAAAAACAAUUAGUUUAUCCUAUGUAACAUAACUGUGGAGAUUCUAACUGUCUAUAUCAAUGGCUAAUUCUUUUUUUUUUAAUUUUUAUUUUUUUUAAGUCUACUGAGCUCUUGGAGUCAUGGAAAUGUUGUGCAAUGAGUUCCACAAGUUAACCCUGCAUUUUGUACAACAGGGCACAUACCCUUUUACUAGUUGAAAUACAUUGCCUUUGGUUUAUUCUUGUUUUGAGAAAGUGGUAAAUUAUACGCUGCCAUUUCCCCAUCUCAUUUAUUGUUUUGUAUAUCUCCAUCGUGUUUCCUUUUAUGGCUUUUCUCUU